AUGGCACAAACUUGCUGUGUACUUGGAUGUGCUAAUCGUUCUGGUCGGGAUAAAGUAGUGUUUUUCAAGUAUGUAUCAGUAGUUUUAACAUGGACAUCCAAACAUUCAAUUUUACAGCUUAACAACUAUUUUACCAAAUCAUUUAUGUAUAGAUUUCCAAGAAAUAACAUACUUAAAGAAAAGUGGAUAGUUGCUAUAAAAAGGCAUAAUUUUAUCCCAACAUAUCACAGGAUAUGUCACAUUCAUUUCACUGAAAAUGACUUUGUAGAACGGCCAGAUCUAAAACGGCUUAAAGAAACAGCAGUCCCUACUUUAUUUAUUGCCCAAGAAAAAAUUAAAGUAGACGUAGUUAAACAGGAACAUGCUUAUUGCCAAUUUACUAAACCCAAUGUUGAAAGUGAUAAGAAUCGUAAUGACUAA